CAAACACCUUGUGGCAUUUUGCUCGCUACUACAACUGGCGCUAUGUUUAUAUCUGCUUGGGGAGAUAAGAAAUAACUUUCAAUUCGAGCAGAUGGACGCGUAGUUCGACAGAGGCAACUGAUUUCAUGCACAGACGCCAUAAUCUUUUUACGACCCUUCAGCUGGACGCGUUCACAUAAGCGGAAUAUUAAAUGUCUGCUAUUUUGAAUAUUCGCCUGUUGGCGGUCUUGUGUUUGGUCUACGAGAUCCGAUCUGGAAGAACCUACUCGGAGAGCUACGAUCGUUUAUGUGAAACCAUAAGUCAAAAGGCAACCAAACAAAGGUUAAAAUUAUGUGGAGAAAGCAGAAGCACUCUCAGAGAAUUUAGAGUAAGAAGAGGUGUCAACACAACACAAAAAAGUACACAAGCUGUGAAGCAAGUGACCUCAACUAAACGACCGUUGUCUUCAUACCGAUUCCGCACGCCAUGGCCAACGUCUACAAAUGGAUUUUUAAUUAGUGCGGGAAGCCUUAACUGGACUGCGAAAUGUACGGAAGAUAAGAAUUCAGGAGCAGCGGCUAUCACUUGGGGAAUACCGACACCUGAACCUGGGAGAGAUGAGUGUACUGGCUAUUAUAUUAUUUGGGACACUGCUACCUGGGGCACUUUCUGCGAUCAAAUCGCAGAUAAGAACGUAACAUCGUAUAUCAUAGACGCGUCAAAAGGAUGGGAUGGCAAAGAAAAGCUGGGUAUCUCGAUAUUACCACUGCCAAUGACUGAAGGAGGAACGUUUACUCAUCGCACAUUCGAGCCUCCAAGCUGCUCAGAUCCACCCUUCAACAAUUACACCAAUACAACAAAAACAAAUCCAACAGAGAGCAAUAAAGGCACAUCUACAGACAAGAACAUGAAGUCGGAAACAAAUUCAGCAAAAACCACUCACGCGACUUUCAAAAACGAGGUACCACGACCUGGCAAAAAAAACAACGCUUCUGAUAAGCCUGUCGUGAAUAAGCUGGUUUUCUCGAUUGUUAUUACUUGUAUUGCUAUCGCCAUUCUCGUCCUUCUUCUUCUAUUUUACAAAAGAAGAUCAAGUGUUAAUAAGAUCAUACGUUCGUAUGAGACCCACGAUAAAGGUGCUCCACACUAUGUUUCCUACCACAUGGACAACAAAAGUGAAAUAAAAAAUUUGGCGAGAUGGCUUAAAACUAAGAAGAUUAACGCGGUGAUAGAUAUUCUCUUCACCAAAACUAACCCACAAGCAUGGAGUGAAGCACGUUUACUGGAGGCUGAAAAGAUUAUCAUCGUUAUUACCUCAGAAUAUUUAAAAGUGUGUAACUUAUUCCACUCAGAGAAAAAUCAGAAGGAGAAGUUAUCAUAUAAUGAUCAACGCUGCUCUAAUGAAAUAUCAUUGAUAAGGAAUAAACUGGGAGAAAAUUGUUUGGCCUCGGAUAAAUUCGUUGGAAUACUCGUUGGAACCAAGAAGAAAGAUUUGCCACACUGGAUGUUGCAAUUAAAUUGUUUCGAAUAUAAGAAUGGGUCGCUGGAUGAAGAGAUUUUAGGAAAACUCAAGCCUUGCACUUACUAUAAUAGUGGAGUGAUGGAAAUCAGUGUCGACUAAUCAAUCACUCUCCCUAAGAACAGUCUUCAUGUACAUUUCAUGACAGUUGGUCCAAAAUUGGUCCAUCACAUGUUACUUAUCGAGAGUUUAUGAAAUAAUCUUCUGGUGGAUCCAUUUGUAUAUUUUUUUGACCGUUGUCAGCACAAAUCAGGACAAACUUCGAUUACGAACAUUACUUUACUGACCCAGUAACCUUUAGAGUAAUGCAAACAAUUGCGGUUGUAGCUUCAAAAGUCAUGGCAAACAUUGCAUCCAUUCGGUGUGUAUAUAUUCAAUCAUAUGUGUGUAUAUAUUCAAUCUUACAAAUUUGAUUACUAUGUUUAAGUUAAUGAUUAUCCAUGCAAGACUAACGCCUGUAUUCUAAAAGCUUACUCACAUUCAAACUCGUUGAGUGGGACUGUGGGAGAUUUCAACUUUUCAAAACGUUUGCAUGGCAAUAUUUUCACUCUAAUAUACGAGCUUCAUUUUUAGUGUUUCACGUUAGAUCUUUGAUCAGUAAUAAAAAUUCAGUGUGAGUGUGAGUGAGCUUUUUGAAUACAGGGGUUAUUGGUUAGUUCAACAGUGGUGAAGUAGCGGUACAGUCAAAAUGAAUUGGUACAGAACAGUUAAACGAUGCUUGAUAUCAAUUUCCAAAGAAUGUUUAAGAACACAAAUCUACCAAUGGAAUGAUUUUAAAAACCUUUAAGCUAAUAUUUCUCUAAAUCAGUAAAUAUGUGCGAUUAUAUUUUGAUUGUAUACUGACGCUAAAUCCACCACAGUAAUUCAGUAAAAUUUCUGUAUUUCCAUGUAUAUUUAUGACAAAAAAGAGUUACGAAUUGUAAUUUUGACCAAGGUACUUGCCUGGCAUUGUGCCUCUCUAUUACCUAGUAAAUUUAUUAUAAAUACACUUCAGU